GCCAGGCUGACCAUGCUGGAGCCACCAGGUGAGGAGGAAGAGUUGGAGCAGUUUGAGUUCAGGCCAGAUCAAGUUGGGGAAAGGAAAGAAGGCAGUGAUGUGGAAAACGCCAAGGAGAGUGGAGGAGAGAAGAGUGAGGAUGAGGAGGAGAAGCGUAGUGAGAAAUCUGGGGGCACUCGCAGUCGUAGUGGCAGCAGUAGUAGCAGCAGCAGUAGUGGGAGUGAUCAUGAAGGAAGUGGAAAGGGAAGUGGAAGUGAUGCUGGCAGUGGGAGUGAAAGUGAAGCAGAGAGCGAGGCAGGGAAGAAAGAUGAGGAGGAGAUAUUUGGCAGUGGGAGCGACAGUGAUUGAGGUCUGCUUUUCACUGAACAAUUGAAAUCUUAUUUAUAGAAAAAGAAAAUAGACUUCACAAGCGAGUAUGACAGGCGACUUUUACAAUUUGAGUAAAAAUAACAAACAAGUUCUCUCCUUUGCAGAACUAGACACUUUUUGCAUAAGGGCUGUUGUUCCCUCUCCCUCCAACUUAAAAUUCACAUUCAAUAAAUAUUUUAUAUUUGUA